AUGCGCUUCAAAGCCUCCAUUCAGAACGCCAAUACUUUCGCGAAGCUGACUGCUUCCCUUGCUUCACUUGGGCCUGUGGCGUGGGUUCGGCUGAACGAAGAUGAAGUACGAUUCACUAUCAUCCCUGAACAGGGUACCCAGGUCUGGGCUGUCCUCGCGAUCACCUUCGAGCAGGAUGCCAUCUUUGACGACGACUACAAUAUCCAGUCCGCCGCCGACAAUGUUAUCAACCUGGAAGUGCCGCUUUCACCUCUCCAGCGUGCUCUCAAGUCUGCCUUGACCGCCACCUCCGCCUCGAUUCGCUUAACGAAGAAGGAUAACAUCCCUGUGCUGUCUCUAACUAUAGUCACCAGCCCUCUCGGCAGCGGCACGCACGGCGCACUCGGUUCAGGUGGCCCAAGCGAUUCCUAUGGCUUUGGUGAAGCCUCACUCGAGAUGCAGGAUGGUAGAGAACGGGACACCAUCGUCACCCAGGACGUGCCGGUGCGAGUGUUGAAUCCCAGCAAUGUCGAAGGCAUCCAUGAGCCUCGCUGUAGGGAGCCUGAUGUCCACAUCCUCCUACCACCUCUUAUGCAAUUGAAGAGCAUUUCCGAUCGAUUCACCCGGCUGGCCUUGGCGGCGAAGGCCAGCGGCACAGGAAGCGGCGGAUCCGGUCCUCGCUUAGAGAUGGCUGCAAACAUGCAUGGUUGCCUGAAGCUGAGCAUCCGAACGGACGCGAUGAAUAUUUCAAGUGUCUGGACAGGCCUAUCGAACCCGGAGCUGGACCCGUCCCACAUCGAAGGAGGCGAAGAGGGCAUCAGGCAACACCCAAGUUUCUCUGACGAGCAUGCACUUAUCCUCUACGUCUAUCUGCCCAAUGACGAAGACGGUCGGGAGGAUUCAGUUUUAACUUACUACGUGAGUUCGUACAGUGAGUGA